AUGCGUAAGAUACUAAUUGCAGCUAUUGGAGUUCAUGUGUUCCAACAAAUAUGUGGAGUGGAAGGUAUUUUGUUAUACAGUCCAAGGGUGUUUGAGAGAGCAGGAAUGAUAGGGAAGAGCAAUCUCCUUCUAGCUACAGUUGGCAUGGGAAUUAGCCAAGCUUUGUUUACAUUCCUAUCAGCUUUCUUGUUGGACAGAGUUGGGAGGAGGAUUCUGCUGUUGAUCAGUGGAGGAGGUACGAUUGUGACACUUUUAGGUUUGGGUGUUUGCAUGGCCAUUGUGGAGCAUUCAAAAGAAAAGCAAUUAUGGGCAGUGAGUUAUAUUAUUGUGUUUAUCUACAUCUUUGUAGCUUUUGCGGGCAUUGGUUUUGGACCUAUAACAUGGGUUUAUAGUUCUGAGAUUUUCCCGCUAAGGUUAAGAGCACAAGCUCUUGGUGUUUGUGUGACAGUGAAUAGAAUUUCAAAUGUUCUAGUGGUUACAAGUUUCAUUUCAGUUUAUAAAAAGAUUAAAAUGAGUGGGAGUUUGUUUAUGUACACUGGUAUCACUGCUUUGGCUUGUUGGUUCUACUUUACCUUACCUGAAAAUGAGGGGUUGGGGUUGUAG